AUGGGUUGGUUAUCGAGGAGAGACGCGCGAAUGCUUCUAUACGGAGGUAUCGAGUCAGCGUGUCUGAAGGAGUUCAACGGAGGCGGAACCGAGCCAGCCAGAAGCGGCCGUUUUGACUCUCUCGUCCAGUCAGCAAAGAAUUUCUUCCUGCCCGCUGGAUAUCCGGGCAGCCUGACCAGUGACUACACAAGCUACAUGCUCUGGCAGUUUCCAGUGCACAUAACGGGGUGGGCCUCGUCAACCCUCGUCACAUCCACGCUGCUGCAAGCAGCUGUAGCGAAAGGACUUAAGGAUCCGUCGGCUAGGGUUAUUCAGACGCACUUUGCUGUGCAGGCGAAUGUGGGGGAGGUGGUGGCGAAGGAGGAGGUGUAUAAGGUGAUGGCUCAGCUGGUGGGGCUGGGGUGUGGCGUGGUGCUAUUAAGUUCACCCUACAUUGCCGAGUCGUAUUGGAGUCUGGUCACCACGUGGGCUGUCAUUCGAUCUACUCACUUGGCCUUCCGCUUCAAGUCGCUUUCUGUCCUUGAGUUUGACUCUCUGAACUUCAAGCGCACGGCCAUCCUUGCCCGAGCGCAUGUAUCAGGGGCAGCAGAGCUGCCCUCGGUGCAGGCAGUGAACCAAAAGGAGCGCCUCUGGCUGCCACGCCGCCUCACGUCCCCUCGCAUCAACCUCGGCUGCUCGCUUGCUGACUUGUCUGCUCUGCUUCAACAACAGUCGGCCAACCGAAUGCCAAUCACAGAGCUCCUGUCACUGUAUCGAGACGAGCAGCAUGUGCUUAUAAUGGAUGACAACGGCGCAUUUUCUGUCAUGUUCAAGGUACCCUAUCUUGCCUCUACGAUUGUCACACUCUCUUGCCGUGACACUCUCUUUCUCCCCUCUCUCUCACCUCUCCCUCCUUCAUCCCGCUUUUUCUUGCUCACCGCCUUCCAACACCUUUGUUCUCCACACUCUCCCAGCACCCAUUCCCACCCUCCCUUAACCCCAACGAGGCCGACUUUUCAGUCGUCUUAA